AUGUCUGGUCGCCAUCACUGCUCAGCAGAUUGUGAUGACCAUCCUUUUGAAUCCGGCCCCAACGACACCCUCUACACUUGCAUUGAUAAAGAUGCCAUCGUCGUUUUAAACGAGGCCCAACAGGAUACAGGUAAACAAAUAUUCAAACCUUGGGACCAGCGCUUCGAUGACUCUCUCAUUGUCGAAAGCGACGUCGACGAUCAACUUUUGUUUCACAUCCCCUUUACCGGUUCUGCAACCCUCCGUUCUUUGCUCGUACGCAUUUUUCCCGAUUCCUCCGCUCCCCAUUCCGUCUCUUUGUAUCCCAAUCACUCCAAUUUGGAUUUCGGUGCUCUCCAAGACGCAAAGUCCACCGAAUCAUUUGAGUUUCCCCUUUCUUUUUCCGGUAAUCAAAUCUUUGAAUUCCCCGUCAAAACUCGCCUCUACCAAAAUCUGCGCAAUCUAAAUCUCUUCUUCUCCAGAAAUGACGGUUCAGAUGAUCCUAUUCAAAUCGCCUACAUCGGUCUUCGAGGCUCUUUUGUCCCUUUCAAAGGAAACCCCAUCAUCACAAUUUAUGAAUCUGCUCCCAACCCUGCCGACCAUCCUCAGGUGAACCAAGAAGAAGUCUAUCGCUCUAUUUCCUAA